GCGCUCUUCUGGUCCCUGGCGCUUCGGCAGCCGCGGCCUUCUGUGCAGAGAUGGCCAAGUCCAAGAACCACACCACGCACAACCAGUCCCGGAAAUGGCACAGAAAUGGCAUCAAGAAACCCCGGUCACAAAGAUACGAAUCUCUUAAGGGGGUAGACCCCAAGUUCCUAAGGAACAUGCGCUUUGCCAAGAAGCACAACAAGAAGGGCCUGAAGAAGAUGCAGGCAAACAACGCCAAGACCAUGAGCGCCCGCACUGAGGCCAUCAAAGCCCUGGCCAAGUCCAAGGAGCCCAGGCCCAAUAUCCCAAAGGGCUGCAGCCGCAAACUCAGUCGACUUACCUACAUCGCUCACCCCAAGCUUGGGAAGCGCGCUCAUGCCCGCAUUGCCAAGGGGCUCAGGAUCUGCUCGCCAAAGGUCAAGGCCAAGGCCAAGGCUGAAACCAAGCCCCAGGCUGCAGGUGCAGCUGCAGCUCAGGCUCCCAAAGGUGCCCAGGCCCCCACGAAGGCUCCACAGUAGGAUGGAAGGACUGGUGGGCCCCUGGGCUGCCGUCUGCGUGGCGCUGCUGCCGUCCUGUGCUGUUUGUACAAAUAAACCUGCGGCAGGA